ACUGUGUGCCAUUUUAUUUUAUAUAUAUAUUGCAUGUCUGUUAUAAUUUUAUUAGUAGCAUCUUGUUUGAUGUAUAUUAUCUAUUUUUGUGUGUGAAAUGGAUGUAAGAUAUAUUAAUAUUUGAUGGAAAUCAACACAAGAUAUAGACAUCUAAUAACAUUCUAGGUCAGAUAAAAAAUAAGUCAGGUAUCAAGAGAGACAUUAAUAAAUAUUAUAUACGUUUUUUAUAUUAUCCCAUUUAUUAUAUGUAUAACAUAUAGUAGUAGUCUUAGAAGUUACGCUUCCCUUGACUCUGUUUCUAAUUUUUAGGAUACUUUGUGUCUCUUUGAUGCAAGAAAUCUUGCUAAGCAUUGUUUCCCCUAAUUUUUUUAUUACACAAAAUUUAAUCGCCAUUUAUUUCAUAUAUACCGCGAAAAUUAAUAAAUAAAUGAUAAUAGUGAAUUCGAGUGUGCUGUAAUUCGUGUUUAUGUAAAGUAGGUCCUGAAGAGAGGAUACCACGUGUUAUACAAUGUGUAUCCCAUACACGAACAUUAAUUUACACGCGUCUUCUCUGGAGUAUGCACUGCGAAUAAUGCGUUUCAUUAAUUCGUCGCAGCGUGUACACACGAGAACGCUACGCACGCCCACGGGUCGCUCGUGAACGAGCGUGAACGGGCGCUUUACUUACGCUCGUCUUCGCACAAGUUGCUCGUGCGAGGUGCGAGUCGUUCUUCGACCGUUCGCGACAACACAUCCCUCGCGAAAGAGAAACUGGCAGAGCAGAUGGAGCCUCUAUGGGAAUCGCGCGGCCGUCAAAUAGACGAGGCCAGCUUGCGAAGAGGGUCAGAUACCAGCGUCGUUCUGACUGAGGACACAGAAAGCUUUAUGAUCGGUGAUCGAGUAUGGGUCGGCGGCACAAAACCCGGCAGAAUUGCCUACAUCGGCGAGACCAAGUUCGCACCUGGGGACUGGGCAGGAGUCGUCCUGGACGAGCCCAUCGGGAAGAACGACGGUUCGGUGGCGGGUAGCCAAUACUUCCAGUGCGAACCAAAAAAGGGGAUCUUCUCGAGGCUCACCAGGCUGACCAGGGCGCCGCUGGGCGGUUAUCAGAUGAGCGCGACCUCGACGCCGACAUCGCCGCCCGAAAGCAUCAGGGGCAGCUAUUUCGGCAAAUCCAUGUCGCCGUCAUUGAAUGUAUCAACGACAAGCUUGUCCUCAUCGAUGUCGCAGAGGGAUGAACUGAAGAUAGGUGAUCGUGUGAUAGCGUCGUCGAUGCAGGGUAGCAAAACCGGCAUACUUAGGUAUCAAGGGCCCACGGAUUUCGCCGGGGGCGAAUGGUACGGCGUGGAACUGGACGAGCCGCUCGGCAAGAACGACGGCUCCGUCAACGGGAAAAGAUACUUCGAGUGCCCGCCCAAGCACGGUCUCUUCACGGUCCCGCACAAGGUCAGCAGAUCGCCAUCCGUCAGAAAAUCAUCCAUGGUGUAUAAGUCGAGCGGUGGUGGCAACGGCACCGCUAUUAACAUCCCCAGCCUUCAGAAGAGAAGCGGUUCGCGCGACUCACUUGCGUCCAGCAUUAUCAGCGUCAACGCGAAAACGAGUACACCGAUCGGCACGACGAGGACAUUGCAGAGGCCUGGCAUGCGCAUGUCGACACUUGUUUCACGAGAUUCACUGCAGGAGAUUCUGAAAGAGAAGCAGCACGAGAUAGAGCUUCUGCGAAAGCAACGGGAUUUGGAGCGCGAAAGGGUCACCAAAGCGGCGAAUCAAGCUGAUCAAGCGGAGCAAUCUGCGCUUUCUAUCAAACAAGAAUAUGAUAAGUAUCGCGAACAGAUGCAACAAACUGUCAACGAAGCGGAGGUCACUGUCACCAAACUCGUCAACGAAAGAAAUGGAUUGAUGGUGCAGCUGGAAGACGAGAAACGGAAGUGCGAAGAUCUUCUUUUCCGUUUCGAAGAGGAAUCCGUGAAUAAAGACGACAUACAGAAAGAGAGAUCUGAGCAAAGUGUCAUAAAUACUGUAAAUGAAAGCAGGAUCAAGCAGCUCGAGGAAGAGCUCGCUGAGGAGCGACGGGAACGCGCCGCUCAGUUGGAACGCGACAGCAUCAAACUCUUCGAGGCCGAGGAGGAAUUGACGCGGCUGCGUAACGAGAUCAGCUGCGCGACCAACUCGCACAAUUCUCAGCUUCAUGAUCUAGAAAGCCGGAAUCAGAGCUUAGAGGAGAUCAAGAAUAGCUUGGAGAAGGAAGCGCGGGAGAAAUCGGUCCUGGUGAAUGAAUGCGUGGAGCGUAUCCGGCAAUUGGAGCUUGAGCUGAGCAAAACGAAGCAAGAAAGCACGUCGCACAGCGAGUCCGAGAAUCGUCUGGAGAGAGAAUUGGAAGCGACUAAACGAAGCUUGCAGGACAGAGAGACAUUAAUAGAAAAUAUGAAAUUAGAAUUCGAAAAGAGUACGAAUUUGUUGAGCGAAGAGCUACGAAAGUCGAAGGAAACGAUCGAGACGAUAAAGAAAGAGAGCACGAGCGAAAAAGACUCGUUACUGUCAGAGUAUCGACAGACGAUUGAAGAGAAAAAUCAGUUGAUCAAGGUAAAGACUGAGGAGCUGGAGAACGAGUCCAGAAGGCUAUUAGAGCAGCAGAACGUAGCCUUGGAGGGCCUGAAGACCGAGAACAUUAAGCGUAUCCAUGAACUUUCAGAGUCUUUCGAGCAACAAUUGCGCGCGAAGGACUCAAAAAUCGAGGAGAUCUCGCAACAACUCAGUCAGAGUGUAUCUGAGACCGAGAGACUGUUGGCCGAAUUGGCCGCUGAACGAGAACUUCGCAAGAAGAAAGAUGAAGAACUGAUUGACGCUCUACGAAAGUUGGAAGAGUUAAGUACGAAACUUAAAUUGGCCGAAGAAAAUAACAAUGCGUUGUCGAAACAGAUUCAAGAUUAUAGAUCCAAGAAUGACAACAAUGUUAGAAUCAUUCACGAGAAGCAACAAUUGGAGCAAAACUUAGCUAGCUUAAUCGCCUCGGAAGAGAAAUCCACCGCACAACUAAAUAAAUUAAAUGAGAAGCUGAAGGUGAAGGACAGAGAGCUCGCGGAAUUGCGAAAUGCUAGCGUGGCACAAUUAGAAGAAAUAACUAAACGUUUUGAAACCCAAAUUAAUGAAAAAGUUAAAUAUAUCGACGAGAUAAGCGCGGACAUCGCGCAGAAAGCUUUGGUGCUCGCUAAACUGGAGAAAGACAUUGCUGAUUUGAAGGCGAUUAUAGCGAGUAAGGAUAAGGAGAUCAAACAUCUUCUCGAAAAGACUUUAGAGUUACAAGAUGCUCUCACGCUAUCUGAACAAACAAAAACGAAUUUAGAGAGCGAACUUCACGUAUUCGAGUCGAACGUGCAGAAUUUGAAUCAACAGAUCGUAAGAUUCGAAGAGAAAAUAUCUCAACUAUCGUUGCAAAAGGAAAAACUGGAGCGUGAUGUAGCGAGCGCGAUUAGCAGCUCCGCUGAUUCAUCGGAACAGCUGUCGAAAUAUAAUGAGGACUUGCGAAAAAAAGAAAAGGAGCUAGACGAAGCUCGCGAGAAGAUCUUCCAUAUAGAAUCUAUGUUGAGACAAACAGAGGGAAAGUUGUCCAACACCGAGUCGGAAUCAAAUAAAAACAUAGCGUUAGUUGAGCAAUUGCGCUCGGAAAAAUCAAAUUUGGAAUCGCAAAUAGACGAUACUAAAAGAUCAAAUACAGACUAUGCCGAGAAAAUACGCGAAUACGAACAGAAAGAAAACGAAUUAUCGGCAAAGUUGAAGGAAAACGAACAUAUCAAGAAGAAUUUGGAAGAAAAAUCUGGCGAAAUCGCCAAUCUUACGGAAAGAUUGACAAAGAAAGAAGAAGAGAUCGUUAAUCUUUGCGGAGAGCAUAAAAACUUGCAAAGUUCUCACGAAGAACAGAUAUCCUCAUUCCAGAAACAAAUUACGGACUUAUCGACUCAGUUAACGACUUCGUGCGUCGAGAUAAAAAACUUGCAAAAGUUCAAAAAUAAACUGGAAGCCGAUCAAAGUGCGAAUCUAUGGUCGAUUGAGGAAUUAACGGAAAAAUUGAAAGUCGAAUUGGAUAAAUCAUUAAAGUUAGAGAACUUGAUUCAGGAAAAGAACUUGAAGCUUCAGGACACGGAAAAUAAAUUGUCGGAAUUACAAAAGAUGCACGACGCUUUGGUUAACGAUAAAGCGGCAGGCGAUAAGAAUUUAACCAUGUCUUUAAAUACUAUGACAAACGCGGUAGAGGAAUUGAACGGCAAGUUAAAGGACGCUGAAAAAAUGAUUAAAGAUAAGACGGACGAAGUGUCGAAGGCGAGAGCAGAGAUAGAAAAGUCGCAAGCACAAAUAAUUGAGAUGGACGCCACAAUCUCCUCUAUGAAAAACGAGCAUAUUCGUAGAAACGAUGAACUAAAAAACGCACAAGAAGCAGCUGCGCAGAAACAAAAUGCCGUAAACGAAUUGACUAAAGUCAAGACUGCUUUGGAGAACUCAGCGAAGUCCAUGGAAAUUCAAUUAUCGAAUUUGCACGAGGAAUUGGACAAGAGAGAGAAGCUCCUGGCAGAGAUGGAAAUUACGAUAAAGGAAUCAGAAACUUCUAAGAAGGAAGAAGUGCUAAAGUUACGGAAUUCGUUGGAAUGUGAGAUUGUAACAAAACAAAAAGAGAUUGAAGACAUAAAUAGGCAAAAUAAAGAGCUAGAAGAAAAAUUGCGAUCAUUGCAGGACGCUGUAGAUAGGCACAAAUCCGAUCUAAAUGAUAAAGAGACUAUUAUCGGUAAAUUGAAGGCGCAGAUGAAGGCUUUGGAAGAUGUGCAGGUGGAAAGAAUCAAAGCAGAACAACAGUCGCGAAAUGAGGAAACCAAAUCAAAACAGAAUGAAUUGAGCGGCGCGAAUAAGCGGAUUCACGAGCUGCAGCACGCGAUGAACGCGUUGGAGAAACAGCUGAAGGAACAGGCCGAUCAGGCGAGAACUAUGGAAAAUAAUGAGAAAGAAGUGAAGAAAAAUGUCCAGAACCUGCAGGAGAAGUUGAAUGUCGCUAAGACAGAGGAGACACGACUUCUAGGCGAGCUGAGCCGAUUGGAAAAGGAGAACAAGCAGGUAACCGCAAACUGGACAGAAGCGACGAAUCAGUUGAAGUUAUCGCACGAAAAUUUGAAGAAUACUUUUGACGGAACGGGUGACAUGAAACAACAACACGUUGUCGCAAAACUGCAGGAAGAAAAUGACACCGUAAAAAGUCAGAUAGAUUUUUUGAACUCCGUAAUAGUCGAUAUGCAACGUAAAAACGAGAGUCUGCUGUGUAAGAUCGAGGUUCUCGAGAUGGGAGUUCCCGCUAACGAAGCCGAUGACUAUACUCGAAGCACAUUGGAUAAGCGAACGGCGACGCCCCGUAUGUUCUGUGAUAUUUGCGAUCGGUUUGAUCUGCACGAGACAGAAGACUGUCCCCGACAGGCUCAGGAUUUCUCGGAUAGAGUUCCGGAAAAAGUAGCGAAGUCCUCGAAGAAGCAAUCUGUGGAGAGGCCGUACUGCGAAAACUGUGAGAUGUUCGGUCAUGACACACACGACUGCGAUGACGCCGAAACAUUUUAACAUUACAUUAUACUGUCCAUAAAUCCAUUUCAUUUGCUUGCCAAGAUGUCCCGCGCAUAGCUAUAAAGAGAUCUGUUUUAAAUUUUACAGAGUAUAUA